AUGUCCUCACUAGAUGCCUUUGAAAUAUCAGCCCCGGGGAAGGUUAUCCUCCACGGGGAGCACUCCGUUGUCUACGGCAAACCAGCAAUUGCCGGUCCUAUUGGACUCAGAACCUACCUCACAUUUACGAAAUUAAAACAACCGGAAAUAAUACUCGAGUUCGCUUCCAUACCCUUCACUUCGUCGCUAUCGUUAGAAUCAUUCAAUCGUUUCCUAAGCGAAUAUGAUUGUGGAGCAAACCUUGCACCGUUGGAUUUUCUUCAGAAAAUGAAAUGCACCGAAACGUUUGUCUUCCAACAAUACGUAACCACCCAACCGGCAGCUGAUUCCACUAAAGAACGUUUCGCUCUCGGUACAGCUCUCUACAUGCUGAACCGUGUACUGCAAGCGGAAGGGAUCAAUUCUCUACCGUUUGGGUUUCGAUUCACGAUCAAAUCGGUCAUUAGUAUCGGUGCCGGACUCGGCAGUUCCGCCGGUUAUGGUGUUUGCCUUUCAGCCGGCACCUUUGUGCUGUCGCAAAUUGUUAAACAAGAGCUCAAUGCUGCCAAUGUCGGCGGUUUCUCGUUGCAGAACGAUCCGGUGAUAAUGGGAAAAAUCUCCCAAUGGGGAUUCGAUUCGGAGAUCGUAAUGCACGAGCGGCCGUCGGGAGUUGACAACACCAUAUGCACCUACGGUAAUCUGAUCAAGUUCACGCGUGGUGUGCCUUACGAAACGGUUACGCUUAGACAGCGCAUCCGCCUGCUGAUUGUGGACACAAUGGUUAACCGAUCGACCUCAAAAAUGGUAGCAAACGUUUUUGCGAUGAAAGAAAAACACCCGCAAAUGAUGGAAUCUAUUUUCGACGCUAUGGGACAUCUCGUCAACGAUGCAGUCUCCAUUCUGGAAGACGAAACCGAUCGGUUCAAAGAACUUUGUACACUCGUCUCGACCAACAACAAUCUAUUGCGAGCUAUCGGUGUCAGUCAUCCAGCGCUGGAGAAGGUUUUUCAGCUUGCCGAAUCCGCAGGAUUCCACGUCAAGCUGACUGGGGCUGGUGGUGGUGGCUGUGCGCUUGUGUUUCUACCGGACAGCUACCAAACCGAACCGAAAUUUACCGAGCUAACAAACGAUCUACGGGAGGCCGGCUUUCAGUGCAUUGAAACUACAUUGGGCGGUGAGGGAGUGAAGUUUAGAAUGCUCGAAUGACGACUUGCAGGUAAGCGAAAGUACUCAGUCGAUGGCUCGAAAUGAUUGGAGAAGGGACUCGCUUAAUCAAUCUAUUGUUUAAAGUUAGUUUUGAUUUCAUUUUAGUAUUGUUAGUAGAAUACUCAGUAUUGGAUCGUGGGGCAUUAUUUAUUCUCGUAACAACAACAAAAAACUCGAAAAAUGUUAGGUUGCAAAAUGUACGCUUUAACAUAUAACAGUAAGCACAAAAAAUA